AUGAGCGAACCACAAUUCUUUGAGAAGAUCACAAAGUCCUUCACAGAGGUUUCGAUCACUGAAGCCGGAGUUGAUACAGCUGAUUUCUGUGACGCUGCUGAGAAUCUCGUAAAGAUCUUUGAUCUAUUCGGUAACCCCGCUUUCGUUGUCGUCCAAAAUGACUUGACAGGCAACAUAGCAAAAGUUCGAGCUUAUUUAGCCAAGAAUCCAGAAUCAGGCAAAACACUUGAAUCACUCUUAGCAUCUGAAAAAGCCAAUAUACCCAAACAAAAAGAUAGAGUUGCAACGGACGCUUUAAUGUGGUUACUUCGUGGAUUGAAAUUCACUUCUUUAGGCUUGAAAUUCAGUUUGGAUAAUCCAAAUCAAGAAUUAAGUGAAAGUUUCACUAAAUCUUAUGAAGGUAGUUUGAAGAAACAUCAUGGAAUGAUGAUUAGACCUAUUUUCUAUCUCGCCAUGAAAGCUUGUCCUUACCGAGCUACAUUUUACCCUAAAUUAGGUGAACCUCAAUCUGAAGUUCUACCUAAACUCGAAGCUUGGCUUAAAGCACUUCAAGACAUCGUAGCCAAGGAAGAAGGUGUAUUCAAGGCUGGAGGUUAUGGUGAGAUCUAG